AUGUCGAUCGACAACAAGCCGACCGAGUCGAUGGCCGUCGACAGCGCUCCGACCUCGAUCACGGCCGCGGACAAAGACAAGGCCGCCGCACCCGUCGUCGAUGACUACACCGUUUUGGAAUUCAGUAAGUGCCCAUGGGUGCUCCCGCUCUCGGUGUGUACUCUGUCUCAGAGUUACUUGACGUGCGACGAUCGAUCGAUCGACCCCGACGGACCCUGGCGCGCGCUUCGUCAUCGUUAAUCCGACCACGCCUCAUGCAGCGCCAUGAUCUGAUCCUGCGAAUACUGACCCCGCCGGCCGGCCGUCCUCCUGCAGACGUCAAGCACAACCUGGCGUUGAUCUCCAAGGCCGUGUCAUUGCUCGAACGGCGCUUCACGAGCCGCGCACUGAGAUCGUUGCCUGCCUUGCGCAAGAAGCUGGGUCCAGAUGGAGCUCACCUCGCCGACCUCAUCCGCAACACCAACAUCUACUCCUCGGGUAGGUGCAUCCCCUCUAUGAGCUCACUUCGGCCUGCUCACGCCUCACCCGUGUUCUCGAUGCCCCCAGACUCGCCGCGCAAGACCGAGUUGAUCGAGUUUCUUGGCAACCCUUCCUCGUCCAAGUCCAAGUCCUCGUCCAAGCCGACAGGGAUGGACAUCGAUGACGACGCAGCAGCGACCCCGAACGCGUCCUCGACCGCUUCCCAUGUCGUCGAAUCGAUCGUUGAAAAGAGCUCCAAGCUGCUCGGCCUCUCCCACGACCGCGUCUCGUCCGCAAGCUCGACCCUCAACGCCCUCGCCGACGCGACCCAACCCGCUUCGAUAGCGACGACCAAGCCGACCAAGAAGGAGAAGCCUGACGAAUCCAAACUAGUCGCUUCCAACGUGCCCGAGGGCGAUGUCUACGUCGCGCUCUUGGUCCUGCUUCGUUUGAUCGACAGUGGCGAUUAUCGCAAGGUGAGAGAAGCCGUCCAGAGCAUCUCUUGCGCAACUCCGCUAACUCGAUCUGGUUGCUCGACAUCAGGGCAAAGAGCUCGCCAGCUCACUUCUCGAGCAGGUUACAAGCCUGAACCGUCGAACAAUGGACCAAUUAUCGAGCAAGAUCUAUUUUUACUGGGUCCGCCUGCACGAGCUGUCGGGAGACGACACCGCUCCUCUUCGCACGUACGUGCAUGGUUUGAAGCAGACUCAUUAUCGCACAAACUGAUCGUACCCCUUGCUGUACAGAACCCUCCUCGCGGCUCAACGAACUGCCGCCCUGCGCCACGACGAUGAUCUCCAGGCGACGCUCUUGCCACUCUUGUUGCGCAACUACCUCGAACACCACCUCUACGACCAGGCCGAUCGUCUCGUCAGCAAAACGACCUUUCCCGCCGACACGGCUGGGAACGCUCAACUUGCACGAUGGUACUAUUACGUCGGUGAGUGACCUCAUCGAAUUCAGAGUCACGUAUACCGUCAGAAGCUGAUAGUCGAUCCCGUGUGUAAAGGCCGAAUCCGAGCGAUCCAGCUCAACUACACCGAGGCCCACACGAGUUUGCAACAGGCGAUCCGUCGAGCCCCCGACGCCACGACCGCACCGGGCUUCUUGCAGACCGCGCACAAGCUUUCGAUCGUCGUCGAGUUGUUGAUGGGCGAGAUCCCCGAACGAAGCAUCUUUCGAGAACCGGUGCUAAAGAAGGCGCUGGUACCCUAUUUGGAGAUUGUUCAGGGUGAGUCUCGGUCACACGACUGAAGUCUCCUUUACCCGUGCUGAUUUCGCUUUUCCGCCUUUCCUCGUCGAUUCAGCCGUCCGAGUGGGAGACUUGACCAAGUUCAACACGGCCCUGGUGACGCACGCCAAAACAUUCUCCUCCGACUCGACGCAAUCGCUCAUCGUGCGCUUGCGCCACAACGUCAUCAAGACCGCCCUGCGCACCUUGUCGCUCGCGUACUCGCGCAUCUCGCUCGCCGACGUGUCCAAGAAGCUGCAUCUCGACUCGGAGGAGGAUGCCGAGUACAUCAUCGCCAAGGCGAUUCGCGACGGCGUCAUUGAUGCGACGAUCGAUCACGAGAAGGGUUACAUGCAGAGUCGGGAGACGGGGGACGUGUACGCGACGAACGAGCCGCAGUUGGCGUUCGAUACGAGGAUCAAGUUCUUGUUGGACUUGCACCACCAAUCCGUCAAGGUUUGUCGCUCGGACAUAUGUUGGUCUGUUUGCGACUGGAGAAAGCUGACUUUCCUCAUGCUGUGUCGGCGAGCAGGCGAUGAGGUACCCUUUGAACGCGCACGCCAAAGACCUGGCUUCCGCCGGUGAAGCACGAGAGAGGGAGCGUGAAUUGGUCAGUUCUUAUCCGUCUACAGAAGUACGCCGUUAUCGAUCUGACUCGCGACUUCACCUGAAUUGCUCCAGGCCAAGGAAAUUGAGAACGCCGAUGAGGACGAUGACUUUGGAGCUGGUGGGGACAUGGACGAAUUUUAG